AUGGCUGACGCUGCUGCAGGACGUGGUGGUGGUGGAUUCGGAGCUCGCGGCGGUGGUGACCGCGGUGGUGACCGUGGCCGUGGCCGUGGUGGACGCCGUGGACCCCGCAGAGGUGCUAAGAAUGAAGAGAAGGAAUGGCAGCCGGUCACCAAGCUUGGACGUUUGGUCAAGCUUGGAAAAAUAAAGAGCAUGGAGGAGAUCUACCUCCACUCUCUCCCCAUCAAGGAGUACCAGAUUGUCGACUUCUUCUUGCCCAAGUUGAAGGAUGAGGUCAUGAAGAUCAAACCCGUCCAGAAGCAGACCCGUGCCGGUCAGCGUACCCGUUUCAAGGCCAUUGUUGUCAUCGGUGACUCCGAGGGCCACGUCGGUCUCGGAAUCAAGACCUCCAAGGAAGUCGCAACUGCCAUCCGUGCCGCUAUCAUCAUUGCCAAGCUCUCCGUCCUCCCCAUCCGUCGUGGAUACUGGGGUUCAUCUCUCGGAGAGCCCCACUCCCUUGCUGCUAAGGAGUCUGGAAAGUGUGGUUCCGUCACUGUCAGGUUGAUCCCUGCUCCCCGUGGUACUGGUUUGGUCGCUUCUCCCGCCGUCAAGCGUCUCCUCCAGCUUGCUGGUGUCCAGGAUGUCUACACCGCCUCCUCUGGUUCCACCAAGACCCUCGAGAACACCCUUAAGGCUACCUUCGCUGCCGUCGGUAACACAUACGCUUUCCUCACUCCUAACUUGUGGAAGGAGACCAAGUUGUUGAGAAGUCCUCUGGAGGAGUUCUCCGACGACUUGAGGAGGAAGGAGAGGUAUUAA